AUCAAUCAGCUUUUCUAGCUCAUUCUUCAAACUUCACUCAAAAUGAACGCUAAACUUCUCAUUCUUGUCUCUCUCCUCGUCAUCUGCGCUUUUGUUGCUGAGACUGAUGCUCAAUACUAUGGAUACGGAUAUGGAGGAUAUGGAUACCCAUCUUCCUAUUAUGGAUACGGUAGCUAUUACGGAUACGGAUACCCAUACUAUGGAGGAUAUGGAUAUUACGGAAAGAGAGAAGCUGGAUUUGGUCCAAGCCAACAACAAAAUAAUCAGUAGGGAACAUCUUACUACUGAGCCAUCGAACAUGCCGACCACAACUCAAGUACUGAUAUUAAUGACAAGGACAAUUUGAAUUUUAAAUCUUUGAAAAUGAAUAAAAUAUUUUGAUCGAUCA